AAUUUUGACAUUUUGGGAAAAAUCGUUCACACUGUUCGAUGUAAAUGUUUUACGAAGUAUAAAACAUUAUUUGUGUGAUAAUUCAAUCAGAAUACUAUCUUUAUAUAAUAAUUCGUCAAGUACUGUGGUUUAACCUAAGUCAACAGCAGUCAGGUGGGAAGGGACAUUGUGUUGUGUAUAGAGACAUUACACGGUGUAUAUCCCUUUGUAAACACUGCAUCCAGUGGCUUUAAAUCAGGAAACAUUAUUUAAAGGGGGAUCCCCAAAUGACCCCUUGCCGAGCCUCGUUUUGAUUACUGGGCACCCGAAGUGUUGCUGAAUUAUGUUACCUACUGGUUGCUCGGCUUCUCUGACCGUCAGCUGGGUGGCAGGAUGCGAGCUACCUACAUCACGUGUAUAAGCCCUCAGUGUAACGGCGGUGCGAGACAGGACGGACGUGAAACGCGAUACAACUGAUGUCCAUUGCUGGAUUAUGCCUAUUUAACAAACAAAAGGGAAUUUAACGAUAUUGACAAGACGGUUGAUUACAAACAUCAAGUAACUGUACAUGUUGAUGAUACGGGAUAUAAACAAUACAUUGUGAAUGUGUAACGCGAAUUAAUUUCGACGACUGUGCAUCGCUGGAUUUCCCGAUUUUCCAACCUAACGAACUUUGUGGAUGUCGUAUUGUGAGAAGGCUCGUCCUGAAUGGGCGGUAUUGACUAGCAUGUGUAGCACACCUGGAAGGCUGAUGUGGUAUACACGUGAUAAGGCUGCAAACUGACAAGGAAUACGUGAAAACACACCUGUUCUCAGGUGACAUUACAUCACCGGUCGCUUGUGUCUCUCAUAUACAACUUCGGUAUUUGGUCAGCCUCCUAGACAACUGAAAAGCAGUUUUGACGUAAUGGAAGUCUGUCUGGGAGACUCGCAUGCAGGGUGUCCGUCCUGCUCAUAUGCACGCUGACGUGCCGCUCGCUUGUGAAUGGGCCUGGAUAUAGUCUCAUCAGUAUUAAGCAAUGGGUCAUUGCAAUUUCUUUCAUCAAUGUCUCAAAGAAGGCAGAACCGUUCCCAGGACCAUUGUUCCGACAACGCCGGCAACAGUAGGAUGACCAAGGAGUUGUAGGGUUCUGAUGGUGUGUCUGAAGGACUGCUAGUGGUCACUGCUAUGGUCAUCUGGUCAUCGAGGACAUCAUGGUGCAGAAGAUCAUCAAUGCCUGGAUGUGGUGUUGCCUCAUGUUGAGCUUCGGGUCGGGGAAGUUUAAUGGACCAGGAGCCCUGUCGUCCGUGGUCGCCCUCGGUGCCAAUAUCAUCUGCAACAAAAUCCCGGGCCUAGCACCGAAACAAAGGGGGAUAUGUAGAAGCCGACCUGACGCAAUCGUCGCCAUAGGAGAAGGCGCCAAAAUUGGAUUAAAAGAGUGCCAAUAUCAGUUUAGAAAUAUGCGAUGGAACUGUACAAAUAUGGGAAGCGGGAGGUCUAUGUUCGGCCACGAGCUACUCGGAGGAAGUCGUGAAGCUGCCUUCAGUUACGCAAUAAGUUCGGCGGGAGUUACAUAUGCCAUCACCCAGUCGUGCAGUCUUGGCAACCUCACUAACUGUAGCUGUGAUAAAGACAAAAUGGACGGUAAACUCGCCCCCGAGGGGUGGAAGUGGGGCGGGUGUAGUGCCGAUAUUAAAUACGGAUUGAAAUUAGCACGUAAAUUUAUGGAUGCUCGGGAAAUAGCAGAGAGUGCCAGAUCGUUGAUGAAUCUUCAUAAUAACAGAGCUGGACGGAAGGCUGUCAAAGACAACAUGGGCACAGACUGCAAAUGUCACGGGGUGUCAGGCUCGUGCACCACAAAGACGUGCUGGACUACCUUGCCCUCUUUUAGAAAAAUUGGAGACGCUUUGAAGAGGAGAUACAAAAAGUCGAAGCUCGUGGUGCCCUAUAGGGGGGGCAGGGCGAGUACGCCCAAGUCGCUCAUUCUUAAGCGUUCGAAACGGGCCCACCGGAAGCCACGCAGAAGCCAUCUUGUUUAUCUAGAGAAAUCGCCAAAUUAUUGUGAUCAUGACCCUAGUACUGGUUCGCUGGGUACUGUGGGGCGGCGGUGUAACAGGACCUCAAUAACCACAGAUGGAUGUGACUUGAUGUGUUGUGGCAGGGGGUAUAACACGCACCAGUACACCAAAACAUGGCAGUGCAACUGCAAAUUCCACUGGUGCUGUUAUGUGAACUGUAACCGAUGCAGUGAACGGACUGAGGAAUACACUUGCAAGUAGUGACGAUGAUAAACCGUGUGAUAAGAACAGCUUGGGUUGUGUCGCCCUCUCUGUACAUGGGCUGCCUUUAACAUAUAGUGCUGUUUGUCGGAGUUGCCUCCCCCUGCCACUGAUGCCGUCACGGCGCGUGACACAUGUUCCCCAUCAAGACUGAUAUUUAAAGUAGUCUAGAUCCACUGACUUGAAUGAACGGUGUGUGUAGCCGUGAGUGUGACCCGAUAUUAUACCACCAGUGCUGGCUGCAAUCUGACGAUCAGAUGGUAUUUCGGGAGCAUGCAGUGCGCGGAUGCAGAGUGUUGUAUCUGAUACGGAUGAAAUUAUACCCUGAGAUUCACCUGGGGAACGUGUGGACAGAAUCUGACUGCAGGCAGGACAUGGACCGCCAGGUUAGGAUGCAGAGUUAUCAAGAGACGGUAUACGCCGGGCCCUUGUGAUGAGGAUGGCUAUCGUCACGUGGAGACAUUCAGGCCAAUCCCAGGGAUAUACAUCAUGUGUGGGGAACUGGCUCCACUAUGUCUCACUGAACUAAACUUUCAGCAGUGUAGAACUGGAACUGUUUGGUAAUGUAUUUAUGACAAGUGAUGGUGGAUAGGAAUACUUAUGUCAUGUGCGUUAGUGACGCUGAGGCCAUCGAUAAUUAAAUACAUUACUUUGAUGAAACAACAAGUAUUUCUCUUAUCCUAAGUAGGACUACUUACACUGCUUUGAUGCUGUAUGUGGCGAGAACCGCUCUCUGGUGUCGGCUGAUUGGCAUCAAUGUUGAGAUGGAAGGGUAUCACGUGUCUGUAUGCAAAUCAACCGGAGAACAUGCGCACUGGCUGCUUUCAAUAAAGUAUGCAGAUAUCAGAUAAGAGCUUUUUAUCAAUUGAAAACACAAAUUUAGAUUAUAUCAAUUUUACCCCUAGGAUGCCUCAAAAGAGAACCGGAUGCAGGUUAAAAUAUUAGAUGCCUCAAGGCACAUUCCUCUACCCCACCUGACAGAUAGUGGGGUUUCUCCCCCAAUCCCAUCUCCCCCACCCCUACGUACAUCUCAAAUCCCCACCCUGGCACCCCAAUCCCUCAGCUGACAGAUGGAGGGGUAUACCACCAUACCCCCCCCCCCC